GAGAAGAACCUUGGGAUAGUGGUGGAACCUUUUGUGUGAGAAGACUGGAACUGCCCACAAAAAGACCCUGAAGGAUCAGUCCCUUAUCUGGUGACCUAAUUCAUUUUCCAAGGCCACUGCCUCUGGGUAGGCCUGCUUCCCUACCCCCUUCUGGGAAACUCCCAGACUCAUAACAACAUCCAUACUUGUGAUUUCUAGAACUUAGGUGUCCCUGAGAGGUUUGAGAGCCAGGAGGUGCCUAGGAGAUCAUAGAAUCCAGUCCCGUAAUUUUAUACAGAGGGAAACUGAGGGCCCGGUAGGAAAGGAGCCGAGCCCAAGGUCACUCAGGUUGCUAAGAGUAAUCCUAGAGGCAGACCUAACUCCCAGACCCAGGGUACUGGGAAUCUCCAUGAAUUCAGUUCCUCUUUCUUGUUUGAAGAGAUGUCGUUAGGCUUUGGCUCCCAAGAAUACUUUUUAAAAACCCUUAGAAUGUAUGCCUCUUUAAAGACAUGUUUAAAGGGAAAAGAAAGUUCUUAUGAUAGUCACAUUCAGAUGUCAAUCGUAAAACAUCCAGAAAACUGCUGUCUUGGAACUUUGUCCAUGGGAAAAGAAGGUAUGUCCUUGGUAUGGGUUGCUUUGGCUUAGAAUCUGUAGCUUUUAUUUAAAAUCCUUAGGGUGGUUAGGGUGUGAAUUCUUGUACGGUUUUCCAUUGGAUUUGCUUGAGGCCGGUUCAGCCCACCGAGCACACAGGUAACCUGGCCCAAUGGGCAGAGUGCAGUGAGAUGGCCUCCUUAAUCCGUACAGCCAGCAGAGAAAUCAAAGGUAUACACAGUACAUCAAACCCUCUUCAGUUGUCAGUGGGGUGAUACUGGGGGUGGAGGGUGAUACCCACGCAAUGCCCAGGCCCAAAUCUAGUCAGUUUCAAUUUCUGUGCCUUGUAGCAGACUGCCAAGAACGUAACACAUGUAACCAAUGUGACCUUCACUUCCUCUUUAUAGCCCUAGAAGCUACGGCCCUGUGGAAUCCCCUUGACGAGUACUGUCUAGUCCUGAGUUUCAUUGCCACCAGAUGGACUUUCUUACUUGUGCUGUUAGUGAACCUCCCUAGGCAGGCUUCAUUGUGGUGACCUGUGAUGGUUUGAGCGUGCUACCUUGUACCUUUCAUCUCAGACGGAAUGGAUGCGGUGGGUGCACCAUCAGUCCGUCAUUGUGUGAGGUGGCCUCAGCAACAUGCUCUUCCUCUGCUCCUUACCUGACUCUGUCCAGUCUGUCUCAGACGAGCCCCGGAAAGUGCUUCUGCGCCUGUAUGGUGCCAUUCUACAGAUGAGAUCCUGUAAUAAAGAAGGCGCUGGACAAGCCCAGAACGAGAAUGCAUGCCAAGGUGCCGAGGCCAUGGUGCUGGAAAGUGUUAUGUUCGCCAUUCUUGCUGAGCGGUCCCUUGGCCCAAAGCUGUAUGGAAUCUUUCCCCAAGGCCGCCUGGAGCAGUUCAUCCCGAGCCGUCGGUUAGACACUGAGGAGUUAAGUUUGCCAGAUAUAUCUGCAGAAAUAGCUGAGAAAAUGGCCACGUUUCACGGAAUGAAGAUGCCGUUCAAUAAAGAACCCAAAUGGCUUUUUGGAACCAUGGAAAAAUAUUUAAAUCAAGUUCUGAGAAUUAAAUUUACCAGAGAAUCCAGAGUUAAAAAACUAAACAAACUCCUCAGUUAUAAUCUGCCUUUGGAAAUGGGAAAUCUAAGGUCUUUGCUGGAAUCAACAACGUCGCCAGUGGUGUUUUGCCAUAAUGACUGCCAAGAAGGGAACAUCCUCCUUCUGGAAGGUGAGGAGAACUGGGGAAAACAGAAGCUGAUGCUCAUCGACUUUGAAUACAGCAGUUAUAAUUACAGAGGCUUUGACAUCGGCAAUCACUUCUGCGAGUGGAUGUAUGACUACACUUAUGAAAAGUACCCUUUCUUCAGAGCCGACACCUUGAAGUACCCCACCAAGAAACAGCAGCUUCAUUUUAUUUCUAACUACUUGGCUGCCUUCCAAACUGGAUUUGAAAACCUCAGCAACGAAGAAAAGUCCAGGAUGAAGGAAGAAAUGUUGGUGGAGAUCAACAGGUUUGCCUUGGCCUCCCAUUUCUUCUGGGGACUUUGGUCAAUUGUACAAGCCAAAAUUUCAUCUAUUGAGUUUGGGUACAUGGACUACGCACUAACCAGGUUUGAUGCCUAUUUUGACCAGAAGAGGAAACUGGGCGUGUGAACCUUGGAGCCACUUGAAGCAGGGGGUCCCUGCACUGUUUGUAUGAAGAGAGCAGCUGGGCGGGAUUUCUCCUCUGUGCUUGACUCGUGCACCUGCAGCCAAGGAGGCUUGGCCGCCUCCCUUGAGAACCCCGAUGUGUGUGAGACUACAGAGACUAUUAAAGUUGAGUGACGUUGAUUUCCCAUCUCGUUGACGAUUUCCCUAGGAGUCUUUGACAUGAGAUGGGGAAGCAAACCAGAUUGAGUGAGUCGAGUGUCUCAUCAUCUUUUACUCCUCCUUCCGGCAGGUGGGGAGCUUUUCCCCCACACACACCAAGAGCAAGCAGCGUUCGGGGCAGGGGGGCUGUUUUUUAUUGUUUCAUGGUUAUGUAUUUUUUUAAACGGGCUGGUAAAGGUUGUGGCCAGGAUGUUUGGCGGUAGCCGUAUAUUGUAGACACUACUAGCUUGCAGAAGGAACCAGGAGCUGCCCACGGCAUCACUUCUUGGAGGGCACGCUGUGUACACCUGCAGCUCUAGGACACUACUGUUCCAACCCUUGGGUCCAAAACACCAGCGCUCAAGAAAGCACAUCAACAGCUCACGCUGUAGCUUCCUUGUGACUGGUGAACUUGCUUUAUUAUCCAGAGGUAUCUUAUUGUAACUGGAAAGAACCCUCCCCACUCUGGCGGGGCUGCCAGUGGGGAGGGGCAGUUUACAUGUGCUUCCACCAGCUGAUGGGGCCCUAGGCCUCCCCCUAGUCUAGAGCCUCCUGUGUGGUGGGGAAGGGAGCGAGAGCACUUGGUCUUCCUCCUCCUCCCACCAUUUGUGGGGUGGGAAGGGAAUCCUCGUGAAGGUUGAGAAGCCCCAGCUACUGCCCCCACUUCUCCCUCCUGGCACCCCACUAGUACCAUGAUUGGGGUGACCAGUGGAGCUGUGCUCAGAAAUGGGGGCCCCAGAAGAAUCGCUGUGAAAUGUCCAUAGGUAUUAAACGACCCUUUGGGCUAAGCCUGGAGCUCUUUUUGACUCUGAACUUGUAUUUGAGUUUUGUGUGCAAACAUUUCAGCCACCACACAGAUUGUACUAUACUGAAAAUAAAAGUUAUAAAAUCAGA